AUGUCAGCUGCAUGCAAGCCGCUUCCUCUGCUGGCCCCGCCCGGAGAUGCGAUUUCCAAAUGUUGCCUCUUGGCAGGGACUGGAGGAGCAGGAAGAGUUGGCUGGGCUCGCAGCAGGAGGAAGGCUCGGAGGGCGACCGUUGCCUGCGGGGCAACUGGGCCAGGGAAGAGGAGGAAAAGGCACAAGGAACAACCCUGUCCCACCACUGCUGGAUCUCCUUGCUUCCCUCUUGUCGCCCAUUGAAUCACCGAAGAUCGGCACUCUGGAGAAAGGCAGUGGCCUUGUGGGAUAGCCCGGGGUUCCGAGAGACACUUGCAGAACCAAAAUGUCUCUCUUUGCUGUGAACUCGUUGGGAGGACGUGUCUCUGAACCGUGGAAGGACAUGGCAGGGUUGGAGCUGAAGGGUGCAGAGGUCGGCAUCUGGGUCCCGGCUGCUGCCGAGCCAAGAGAGCACGUGGGGAUAAAAACGGAAGACCCAGAUCCAUCGGAGAUGAUAGAGCAGUUGGGAGAUGGGCAGGAUGGGGUCCCCCACGUCGUUCAGGCUGGGAGUAUCGGGGAAUUCCUGCAGGGGUCCACGGAUCCGCCUGUCGCUCUGAACUCGAGGGAGGACUUGUUGCAGUGCUGGGAGGCCCAGUGGCAGGAGUUCCUGAGGAAAUUGGAGCCUCCUAGCCUGGAACGGGGGAUCCCCCAGUCGCCGGAGGAGCCCAGCGUCUGGGACGACGCUAAGUCCUUCCUGGCCUCCUUUGAGCAAGUGGCCGAAGCCUGCCGCUGGCCGCGCGAGGAGUGGGUGGCCCGGCUCCUACCGGCCCUCGGCGGCGACGCGCAGCAGACUUUCGUCAAACUGGAGUCUCGGGACUGGAAGAACUACCAGAAGGUGAAGGCUGCCAUCUUGCGGGCCGCGGCCCUGAGGAUGGAGAAUCAGAGGCAGAACUUCCGGCGCUUCUGCUACCAGGAGGCCGGGGGGCCCCGAGAGGCUUACAGCCGGCUCCAGGAGCACUGUCGGCAGUGGCUGAAGGCCGAGAAGAGGACCAAGGAGCAGAUCCUGGAGCUGCUGGUCCUGGAGCAGUUCCUGGCCAUCCUGCCACUUGAAGUCCAGGGCUGGGUGAAGGAGCGGGGCCCCGAGACCUGCGCCCAGGCCGUGAUCCUGGCCGAGUUUUUCCUCCAGAGGAAGGAACAGUUGGAGCGGGGGCCACGCCGAGCGAGGGAGCCACCGGCGCCAUUUGUGAACCCGUCUGUGAGUUCCCCAGUGGCAGACUCUAGGCCGGGGCAGCUGUGCCGGGAAGUCAAGCGAGAGGAAGAGGAGGAGGAGGAUGCAGUCAAUGUGACCUCACAUGGAAGAAGGCAGAGGAGCCUAAGCUUGGAGGGCAGAGAGACCCCAGAGCAGUCAGUGGCUGUGGAGCAAUACGAGGCCUCAAGGUGGAGGGAAGGGGACGACAUCUCCCAGCCUCGCUACGGUCGUCAUGGAGGCGAGACUUGGCCCAGGCCUGAAUUCCAGCAGAAACAUGGCGGAGGGGAGAGGCUGGAGGAAUCUGUGCCUCACAGAAGAAGCGGGCUGAGAGAGAGCCAGGAGAGAGGUCAGGAGGCAUUUUCAAGUGCCAUCAGUUAUGGAGCAGAAAAUGAGUGUUGGAGGAGGAGCCGACUUUGCGAAGGCCCUGCACUGGUAGAACAUUCCGGAAAGGGGUCGAGAGAGCUGGCUUCCGAGAGCGAGGACCAGGAGGUCGACGAGCAGCUGCUCCGGCGGAAGAGGCGGCGGAGGAACCGCUGGGUGGGCCAGGCAAGCACGGACAAACCUCCGCGCCAGCAGAGCGCGGAGGCGGCCAACGGAAACCUUUCCACCAUGCAACUCGGGCCGGCCUUUUGCUUGUUGGAUGUUAUGGAAGGGGACCUGCCCGAACCGGGGACCCCGAAGAAGCGGCGGCGGAAGCCCAACUGGAACAUGGAGGAGAAGACGCUGCUGUACAAGCUGGUGGUGGCGAACAAGGAGGCGGCGCUGGGCCUCGUCCCCGGGAGCAGGGCGGCCGCGCGACAGGCGGCGUUCUUUGCGGCCGCAGGAAAGAGGGUGUCUGCGCUGGGCUACUACGAGAGAUCAGGCCUCGCCACCCGCAAGAGGUGGAACGACACGUAUGGGAACCUCCGGAAGAGGGUCAGGGCCUACCGGCGACAGGGCCUGCCGUUCGACAAAGCGGUGGAGAAAGCUGUGAGGCCCGAAGAGGCGGUCAUCCGCCCUCUGCUCUACCGGAAGCGGGUCAAGGCCGCCGGAUCGGGUGCCGCGAACCGCGAGUGUCUGCCACACAGUGCCCUGCCAGAGGACCCCACAGACUCGGAGGACGACUCCACGCCCCCCGCCUCAGACAGAGAAUACUCACCAGCUACAAAGGGGCCGCUGGGGGCUUCGCCAGGAGCCGGCCUUCGUCUUAGAGGCAGCUUGCUGGCACAGCCGCAUUCUCCAGCCGCCGAAGAGGAAGUAGCAGUGGCAUGGAAAGAUGAACGCUCAGCAGGCGUCCAGCAGGCGUCCGAAGUGUCCGGCAACUGCUGCCGUUGGGACGACCGGGGCCGGAUAGGGACCUUUGGCAGUCGGCUGUCCCUGUGACAAAUUUUUGGUGCUCCUAGCUUGCUCUUCUCCAAGGAAAUCUCAGUUGGAUGUUUUCGGUGCAAUCCUGCCACCGAGUUAACUGUACGCAGCAGAGGCUAGGGACCUUUAUCCCAGCAAACGGUGCUGCAGCAUUGCGCCUUUCCACCAGCACUUCUGCAGUUGGUGGGAUCAUUCCUGCAUUGCAGGGGGUUGGACUAGAUGGCCCUUGGGGGUCUCUUCCAAUUCUA